AUGCCGAAGAAGAACAAGCGCGCAAAGGCCAAGGCUAAGGCUAAGGCUGCGCCGCCGAAACCUGCGCCGCCACCUGCAGAGACGCAAGAAGAGACACCGAGCGUGGAGAGCAAGAGCAAGGACGUCUCUGACGCCCCGGAACAACCGCCGAAACAGAAGGCUGAGUCUGUCGGUGGAGACGAGAGCGAUACGACAGAGGACGGAGACGAAGCACCUGCCGAGCCGAACGUGGACGACAAGGCUGCUGACGCCACCGAACCGAUCGCCGAUCCGCCGAAGGAAGAAGAGAAGGUCAAUGAGCCGUUAGAGCCGUCCACGACGGAGCCGAGUCCCGAUACCCCAGAGGAGGAGAAAGGAGAAGAGGAGGAGGCGAGGUCCAAGUCUCCAAGUCCCAGCCCACCAUCCGAAUUCUCCAAAGACAACAGUGCCCCGGUCACAUCCGAGGAUGCCGAGGAAGACACAGCUGAAGCGACCACCGCGGCCACGACGGCCGAGAAGCAGGAGGACGAAGUGACAGCCUCUCCGAUUGGGGAAGCGUCGAAGGAGGACCCUCCGAAUGCUGAAAGCGUAGCGGACCCAGACAGCGACGCAUCGGCUGAGGAGGACGACAGCGACGAGGAAGACGAGGACGAGGAAGGCGACGAGGAUGGCGUCGACAAGGAUGAGGAGGAAGAGGAACCCGUCGGCGCCGAAAGAGAAGCCGAGAGUGUUGGCGAAGACGAAGAGGAUGAUACCGAUGGGGAGUCCGAGGAUGACGAGGAAGACGAAGACGACGAGUCCGAUGACGAGGACGACGAUGAGGACGAGGAACCUGCAACUGCCCUGGACGUGUCAUCCCGCGUUGUUGCGCUGGGCACUCAGAACGGCAUGGUACAUGUGCUCACGUACGAGGGAGCAAAGGUCAACUCCUUCCGGCCACAUGCUGCCAACGUCACGGCCCUGAGGCUAGACGAGGACAACGACUUUGUCGCAACGGCCAGCAUGGAGGUGAUUCACUCACUCACGAGCACCGAGUCGUACGCGUUCGACUACAAGCGUCCGAUGAACGCCAUCGCGCUCGAACCUGGCUUUGCGAAGAGCAAGAAUCGACGAUUCGUGUGCGGCGGUAUGCUGGGCAACCUCGUUCUGCAGGAGAAGGGCUGGCUCGGUUACCGCGAGCAGAUCCUGCACUCGGGAGAGGGUCCUAUCUGGGCAAUCGAAUGGAGGGGCAACUUGAUCGCGUGGGCUAAUGACCACGGCGUUAAGAUCUACGACACAGUGUCACAGCAACGGAUAGGUUACGUCGACCGAGGAGCCAAUGCUCCGCGAGCCGAGCUUUUCAAGCCAACACUUGUGUGGAAGGACGACCGGACACUCGUGAUCGGGUGGGCGGACUACGUGAAGGUUGUGCGCGUGCGCAACAGACCAAAGGGCCAACAAGGACUGCCACCUCUUAGUAUCGAGGUGCUCUCGGUCUGGGAGGUGGACUGCAUGGUGGCCGGUCUCGCGCCGUAUCACACGUCAGGCAACGUGAUCCUCGCCUACAUCCCGCCGGAUACGUACGAGAAUGAGGCGACGCAGGACCGCGCUGAACAGCGGCGAAAAGCCGCGAACCGGCCAGAGCUGCGCAUCAUCGAUCGCGGUGACGAGAUUGCCGCCGACGAGCUGGCCGUGGCGUCGUACGAGCUCUAUGGCUGCAAUGACUACCACCUCGCCGCCUCCAAGCGACAAGACGAUGUCGACGUCUUCCUCGUUCUGACGCCGAGUGACCUCGUACUCGUCCGCCCUCGUGAUGCCGCGGACCACAUUGACUGGCUCGUCGAUCGAGAGCGCUACGAAGAAGCCCUCACAGCAGCUGAAGAGUUACAGGCCAAGCACGGCGGUGCACUCGACGUCCAGGCCAUUGGGUUAAAGUACAUGCGCCAUCUGGUCAGCGAGGAGAACUACGAGCAGGCAGCCUCGCUGGCGCCGAAGGUCUUGAGACGAGACGCCGAGUUGUGGGAGAGUUGGAUCUACAAGUUUGCCCAGCACAACCAUCUCGAGAAACUCUUGAGCACGGUCAAGGCGUGGCCCACGGACGUGUACGAUAGCGAUAAGGUUGUGUCUGCCGUCCAGAGUGAGCUGGGCGCGACCAAGGACGACCCUAUGCUUCUCGAAGUCCUGGCCGAGCUGUACAUUGGGCGCAACCAACCCGCCCGAGCGCUGCCGUACUACUUGCGUCUGCGAAAACCUAACGUGUUUGACCUCAUCCGUGACUACAAUCUGUUCGACGCCGUGCGGGACCAGGCGUUGCUGCUCGUCGAGUUUGAUCAGGAGCGGAUCAAGAAUGACCCACAGGCCAAGGAGGGCAAACAUGGCGCAGCGAUUGAACUCCUGGUCAACCACGCUCUGGCGAUUCCAGUCGAUCGGGUCGUGAAGCAGCUGUCAGCGAAGCCGCAAUACCUGUACAUGUACCUCGACGGGCUAUUUGACGCGGACCCCGCCGCGUGCCAACCGUACAGUGACGAGAUGGUCUCCCUGUACGCCGAGUACGACCAUCCGCGGCUGAUGCCGUUCCUCCGCGCCUCCAACUUCUACGACCUGGAGCGUGCGCUGCGCAUCUGCGAGUCGCACGAUUACGUGCAUGAGACCGUCUUCCUGCUCGGCCGCAUGGGCAACAACCUCAAGGCGCUGCACCUAAUCAUCGAGCGGCUAGGGGACGUGCGUCUCGCUAUCGACUUUGCAGAGGAGCAGCGCGACGACGAUCUCUGGGAGGCGCUGCUCGCGCACUCGGAAACGAGACCAGAGUUCAUCCGCGCGCUGCUCGAGCACGGCGGCGAGAUCAACCCCGUCCGCCUGAUCCAGCGCAUCAAGGAGGGACUCGAGAUCCCGGGCCUCAAGCCCGCUCUCGUCAAGGUGCUCCAGGCAUCCAACCUCAGCGUCACAUUACUCGAAGGCUGCCAGCGCAUCCUGAACGGCGACUGCAGCGGGCUCGCCAUCACGCUGCAGCGCGGGCAGGUGACUGGCGCGCAUGCGACUCGUGAGUGCUCACGCCGCUCACCUGCACUUCCUUUCGUCCAGCUGACCCCAGCCACCUCAACGUGCGCCGUGUGCGAGAAACCGCUCUUCGACGCCUCAAAGACGUCCGGCCCCGACUCGCUCGUGCUCGUCUAUCUCUGCCGGCACCCCGUGCAUGCGACGUGCGCAGUCUUGAACGACGACACGGAGCUCCCCGAGCGACCGGAGAAUGCGGCCGCGCUCCGCCUCCUGCUCGCCGACAAUGCGCCGAAUGCGGCGCACCUCUCGAGCCAUCGCGCGCAGCAGCGCGCCCUCGGCUCCAAGCUCAGCUACGAGGCGAUGGACGGCCGAUACUCGCGUGAUCGUCGAGAAGGUCGCCGCCUCAUUCCUGUAUGA